GUCCCCGCCAGCCCAUGCAGUGAUCAGGGCGUGUGGCACAGCCCCUGCUCCCAUCGUAGCUGCACCACGCACUGAGGUCUGCUGGCCAUGGGCAACCUGAUAAAGGUAUUGGGCAAAGAUUUAGAAAACUGUCCUCAUUUUUUCCUGGAUUUUGAAAAUGCGCAGCCAACAGAGGCCGAGACGGCGGUGUGGAACCAGGUGAACGCCGUGCUGGAGGAGUCGCAGGGCGUGCUGGCCGAGCUGCAGUCCUACACGGGCGCCGGGCAGGAGAUCCGAGAGGCCAUCCAAAACCCUGGGGAUCUGCGGCUGCAGGAGAAGGCAUGGAGUGCCGUGUGCCCCCUCGUUGCCAAGCUGAAGCGCUUCUACGAGUUCUCUCUGCGACUCGAGAAUGCUCUGCGCAGCCUUCUGGAGGCCCUCACCUGCCCCCCGUACCCCCCCACGCAGCACCUGGAGCGGGAGCAGGCCUUGGCCAAGCAGUUUGCUGAGAUCCUGCACUUCACCCUCAGUUUUGAUGAGCUCAAGAUGACUAACCCUGCCAUCCAGAAUGACUUCAGCUACUACAGGCGGACCAUCAGCCGAAACCGCAUCAACAACCUCCAGCUGGAUGCAGAGAGUGAGGUGAACAACGAGAUGGCCAACAGGAUGUCCCUCUUCUACGCCGAGGCCACCCCCAUGCUCAAAACACUCAGCAAUGCCACCACCAAGUUUGUCUCUGAGAACAAGACGCUCCCAAUUGAGGACACGACCGACUGCCUGAGCACCAUGGCCUGUGUCUGCAGGGUGAUGCUGGAGACCCCGGAGUACCGCAGCCGCUUCACCAAUACCGAGACACUGCUGUUCUGCAUGCGGGUAAUGGUCGGGGUCAUCAUCCUCUAUGACCACGUCCACCCCGUGGGAGCCUUCGCCAAGACCUCCAAGAUCGAUAUGAAAGGGUGCAUCAAAGUCCUCAAGGACCAACCCUCCACCAGUACCGAGGGGCUCCUGAAUGCGCUGAGGUACACCACCCGGCACCUGAAUGAUGACACCACGUCCAAACAGAUCCGGGCGCUGCUGCAGUGA